CUUCUGGACUCAACCUGGCCGCUAGACCGGAGCGUCUUCCAGCGCAGGCAAGGCUUCCUCGUUUAGAGUCAUGCUAUCUUCGAGUACCUAGAGAGACAUUUUAACCCACACCCUAGAGAGGCGUUUUAAUCCCUACGUGUCUUUUAAUGCUACUUGGCCCUCACCUGCGAGCAACUGACUUAAUAAUCCUCAUUUUCUGUGCCCCGGAAGUGCCUUCCCCUCUUCGCGUCUGUUUCCCGGAAGUGGUUCUCCCUCUCCACCCUUUCGCCCGCCUGGGCGGUCCAGCUGCCCCUAGGGGCCGACUCCAGCGGCUAUUUUGGGGCUGGACAUCCUGCAGCUUUUCAAGGCGUGCCUUUGGUUUUUUUAAGAAGUGCUAUCUAAAGGAAAAGCUGGACUGUAGCUCUGGGGAACUUUCAUAUCCUCAGUUGACCUUAGGCUGUGUGACCUUGAGUAGGUAGCAUAACGUCUCUGAGUUUCCCGCGUGCCUUAUGUGCAGAUUGAGAUGCUAAAAUGAGAGAACUAAAUUGGAAAGCUUUUUCCACAUAGGGGGCCGUGAGCAGGUGGCUGUUUUGUCCUGUGGCACCACUGGCUUAGACUUAAGCAGUUUCAACCACCGCCAAGAUGCCUGCCAUGCCCACCAAGAUUUAAAGGACUCUGAUAAUUCUUUCUCUCCCCAAACAGUGUUUUCCUUAUCUAAUCCUAAUAACCAAGCCUGGAGGAAUCCCUGACUUCGUGAUUGAAGGCUCUCCAGGUCCCCUAGUUUAAGGGCAGAGAUUGACUUUCUCUGAGGCUACAAAGGAGCAUCUGGGAGAUGCGAGAAUGUCUCUACCUUAGACAAAACAGGGAGGAGAGGUGGAGCUCUCCAAAUUGCCUCUGGCUUGGGCUUUUUCUUUCUGUCUUGGUGCGUCGUCUCUGGCCAACAACACCUGUGAGUCCUUGAUGUGACGAUUAGGGAAGAUGUUUUUAAUUCACAUAACUAUUCUUUAGAGAAAAUUGAUCCUGAAAACACCUUAUUGCCUUAUCAUAGAAUGACUGCAUUACUCGGAAUUCUUUACCUCCACCGGAAUUUAGUGAAGGGAAGGCACAACGUACAUUAGGAAAAUACAGGACACACUCCAGUCCUUAAACCUUCCACAAUCCUCUAACUCUAAGGUCGAGUGUGAUCCUCCCCAGAACUGCAUCUUCCAGGAAGCUCAUGAGAAAGGAAGGAUCCCAGGUCCCAUCCCUGAUCUCCUGAGUCGGCAUCUGCGUUUUAACAGAAUCCUGAAGCAGUGGUCUAACUCCUUUGGUGGUGUUAUGGUUUGAAUGUAUACCUCCAAAAUUCACAUAUUGAAAUACUAACCCCCAAGGUGAUAGUAUUAGGAGGUGGGGCCUUUGGGAGGUAAUUAAGUCAUGAGGGUGGAGCCCUCAUGAAUGGGAUUAGUACUCUUAGAAAAGGGACCCCAGAGAGGUCUCUUUCCACCAUGUAAGGAUAAAAGUACACAGAGAAGAUGGCAAUCUGCAGACUGGAAAAGGGCACUCCUCAGAACCUGACCAUCUUGGCACCUUGAUCUCAGACUUCCAUCUUCCAGAACUGUGAGAAAUAAAUUUCUUUUAUAAACACUCAGUCAAUGCUACUUUAUUAUAGCAGCCUGAAUGGAUUAAGACAGGUGGUCUGGUUUAAAGUGAUGUGGUGGCAUCAGAAGUUUAAGGAGAGACUGGAUUCACAGAACCAGAAUCUGGGAUGCUGUUUACAGAGCAAGUUAUUUCCUGCAUUUGGACACUGUCAGCAGGUCAAUUCAGGAGACAAGUGAAAACUUUAUCACUGGGCAGCCUGGAUGAACACCACAACUUUGAUAUCUUUCACUUAAAGGAAAGAUAAGGGCAUCCACUAUUUCUACACCUGGCUGGCAGAGUGAGAGCUCACCAAAGCACUUACAAAUUCAUAGACUAUUACCACUGAAGACAAGUUAAGAGAUUGUGUCCUCCAAACUCAUCAUUUUUCAGAGCACCCUGCCUUCCUCAUCAGAUGUCACCCCCCUAUGACUUCCUCCGCCAUGUCCUGAUGGUGCUUUGUGACGUGUAAGGCCUUCCUUCCCACCCAGGGCUACCAUUGGCUGGGUAGUGGAAUGUUGACCAAUCACAGCUCAGGGACGUGAUCGCCUCAUUGUCCUGGGAUCGCGGGAAGGGUAUAUACAGGGAGCCUGGAGUUAGUUGACCGUUGCGAGACCUUGAGCUGCGGAAGAUGAGUCCAAAGCCGAGAGCCUCGGGACCUCCCGCCGAGGCCAAGGAGACACAAAAGAGGAAGUCCUCUCAGCCGAGCCCCAGUGGCCCGAAGAAGAAGACUACCGAGGUGGCCGAGAAGGGAAAAGCCGCUCGUAGAGGGAGACGCGGAAAGAAAAGGGCUGCGAAAAAGAUGGCGGCUGUGACGGCACCUGAGGCGGGGAGCGGAGCAGCGGCACCCGGCCCCAGUGACCAGCCCAGCCAGGAGCUCCCUCAGCACGAGCUGCCACCGGAGGAGCCAGUGAGCGAGGGGUCCCAGCACGACCCACUGAGUCAGGAGACCCAGCUGGAAGAACUACCCAGUGUGUGGACGGCCGAGUACUCCCCUAUAUCCCUGAGCAGCGACUAAGUUCAGGCCCAGGCGCCAGACCUCAGAGAUCUCACCAGCAGGGUGCUUCCCCUGCUGAUGACAAUAAAAUGAAUGUGUUGCAAA